UCUAUAUGACUUUGCUUUUCCUUUUAAAUGCGAUAUUGAUGGGAAAGUUUGGCCUGGUUUCAGGCCAAAGCACGUGCACUUCAAAUUCUGAUUGUGUGAGCAGCUAUUACAGCAACAAAGUUUGCUGUAAAGGAUACGCCUAUAAAGGAUAUGGAUAUACUAGUAGAAAAUGCUACUACGGAAGUAGUUUAUGCGUCGGUCGCUAUUGUACAACAGACGGUGAUUGCGGAGGAAAAAACGAAUGCUGUAAGUCAAACAAGUGUACCACGUCAGGCUGUAGCAAUUGUUACUCUAAUUCCAACUGCGGUUUCUCAGAGUAUUGUUGUAAACAGCGAUAUUCUUACGAUAAACAUGUUUGCAGACGAAGCUGCGUUGGGGAGACAUGCAAUUCCAGUUCAGACUGCGGGGGUUCGUCAGAGUAUUGUGACUUUAAUAAAAAAUGUGUCGAGUGUUCUACAGACGGUGAUUGUAUUGGGAGUGAAUGUUGUCUUUAUAACAAAUGCGUCACCUCAGGUUGCACGCCGUGUUUUUCGAAUUUUGGAUGCUCUAGUUCGGAGUAUUGUUGCAGGCGAGGAGUCUUCUACUCUAACGUUUGUAGAAAAAAUUGUGUUGGAGAAAAAUGCUCUUACGACAGUGAUUGCAGAGGUCCUGGAGAGAGUUGUGAUUCCAGUAGCAAAAAAUGUGCCCUGCCUACCUCCUGUUUUACAGAUGGUGAUUGUAGCGGGAGUGAAUGUUGUCUUAAUUACAAAUGCGUCACCUCAGGCUGCACGCCGUGUUCAUCGAAUUCUGGAUGCUCCAGUUCGGAGUAUUGUUGUAAACGAGGAGACUACGUUAACGUUUGUCGAAAAAAUUGUGUUGGGGAGACGUGCUCCUACGACAGUGAUUGCGGAGGGCCUAGGGAGAGUUGUCGUUCCAACAAAUGUAAGAAAUCGUCAACAACAACUGCAUCCUGGGUUGUCCCAGUGAUUGUGGUAGGUGUGAUACUGUUCUUUGCCGUAUUUGGCGGCAUCCCCGCAUAUCGUUGUUUCCGUGGCUCAUCCCAACGUGGACGGGUCGUGAGACAACGGGCUCCCCAGAAUGCAAUUGCUAUUGUUGCCGUUGAAAAAACUCAAUCCCACACCAGCGCUCCACCACCACCCCCAGUCUGCAAUGCUCCCCCUCCUCCUUAUUACAAUCAGGGAGGAGACUUUCCCUCCCCACAACCCAACCAGUUUUCCCGUCCUCAAUCCCCGCAGUACUAGCCGUGGUGAUGACCGAUAUGUGCGAGUAACUGAUUGCAUACUGAUUUAAAGGAACUAUAGCGACUGGACCAGGCUUUUACGGCGUUAGAUUUCGUCAUUAAUAUCUAUAAUUUAUAGGUUAAUGUUAUGCAGUUGAAUAUUAAGGGGUAAAUACUACGUGUCAACUAAAAUAUUCUCUUAAUAGUUCGCUUUGUAGCGUUUUUGUUCCGGGAUAAUGGUAUAGUUUCUCGUCGAAUAGCAUUUCACGAAAAAGGUGAAUUACAAUAUAUUUACAUAUGUAACAAAUAAAUUAGAUCUCGUAA